CAGGGGCGUCAGGCGCGGUGUCCAGGGGCCCAUGCCCGCUGAAGUGCGUCAGUGCCAGGGCCGAAUUUUGGGUAGUGUCGGGGGAUAGCUUGAGAUAGCACCGAACGUUGGCACAUGGAAGGAACUUUUGCGCGAUUCAUCUCUUGUCAACAACAUCAUCGCCAGCCUUCCAGAGACUGUCAAUCUUUUUCAAUUGGCUUUCCGCGAAGCCGCUAAAUGGGUCUGAGAUGAGCGGUCGCCGGGUCUUGGGCUUCACUGCCGAGCAAGCGCAUAUCUGCAAUCGCAAUGGCAUCUACCCGGUGCAGUCACAGAAACCGUCAAUCAGGAUCAUGACGGCAGCAGCACAAUGGCGAGUUGCUGCUGGACAGCACGCCAGAACAUAUCAACUCUUUUGUCGAGCCAUCCACACCAGUCACAUCCAUGCCCGAGAAUGGACAAUAACCGACCCCAAACCACCAUCUCCCCCAAAUCGACCACAUCAUCCACUCGGCCCCGCCCAUAAGGAGCUCUCCCCGAUCGCCGAACGAACCCGUUCCCUUAUGCGCCUCUUCCCACAUUCCGUUGUAGUAUGCACCUCUACCGAUACACAUACGCAUAGCCAUUCCUUGCAGUCGCACAAGCCUCAUAAGCCGACCAUGCGCGGCAUGACCAUGUCCUCUCUCACCUGCCUCGGCCUUUCCCCCUCGCCCAUUGUCAGCUUCAACAUCAACCAUUUGUCCCGGACACUGGACGCAUUGCGCGCCAGCAGGCGGUUCAAUAUCCAUAUCCUUACAGAUGACAUCGCGGGCGCGGCGAUUGCGGACUGGAUGACCAGGGGAAACAGCGAAGGGCCAGAAAAGGUGUUCAGAGGGCUGGAGAGUGAAUGCGGGUGUGUGGUUGCCAACCGUGAGGCGAUGGAUGUGCGUAGGGACGAUGGAGAGGCACCCCUACUGGAUGGGGACGGUGUGCUCUAUAUAAUGAAGUGCAGGGUAUUGGAGGAGCCUAUGGCGGGCUUCGUCCCCGUCCGGGAUCACGUUAUUGUGCUGGGAGAGGUCGAGGAGAUUGUCGAGGGGCUUGGCGUUAAGCGCGGUACAGAAGAAGGGGAAGAGGUGGACUCGUUGGAUCCUGCUGAACUGGAGAAGUCCGAAGGAAAGGGUAUAGACGGAUCACAGUUCGGACUAGUGUAUGCCGACAGAAGGUAUAGACAGUUAGGGAACUGUAUAGUGCCGCUGCAUGGUCCAGUUAGGAGUACUCACGAGGACGAGCCUGUGAAGAACGCUAGUAGUAGGAUUAGUACACUUCCCGAACUAACAAACUCUUAACCAAACAACCGAA